AUGAAUGAUAACAAAAAUCAAAGUCAAUUAUAUGAAUAUAUUUCAUUUGGUUAUGAAAAACCAAUAUACCUCGCAAAUAUAUCUGGAACUCAUUAUGAGAUGGGUUAUGUAUAUGGAGCAUUCUUUUCAAAUGCAAUCUUGGAAACCUAUCAAAAUUUAAUGGACUCUCUUUUACCAAAUCGAGAACAUCAAGAUCUAUUUGCUCUGUUCUUGGAUUGGCAAUUUAAAGAUUAUCUUUCAAAACAACUUCCAUCCGAAUAUGUUGAUGAAAUGAAUGGAAUCAAAGAUGGUGCUAAUCAAGUAGGUCAAAUUCCAGAUUCAGAUAUUUAUGUAGCUCGUAUAAUGGCAAUUGCAAAUUUACCAGGUGAUGUUUUUACAAAUAUAGAAUAUUUGCUUGAAAAUGAAUUUGGUACAUUACUAGAAUUUGCCUUUAAAAAAGAUUGGAAAGAUAUUAUUUCAAGUGAAAAGAUCACACAAGUUAUGAAAUCAUUGAAAUCCUCAAAUUUACAAGGAUGGCAAUGUUCACAUUUUAGUGUAUUUGGUAAUAGAACUGUUAAUGGUGAUGUUUUUAAUGGUAGAAAUCUUGAUUGGUUCCCUGAUACUGGUAUCGCUCAAUAUAAAGUAUUGGUUGUAUAUCAUCCAAUAGAUCAGAAUGGUGUUGCUAAAUACUCUCAUGUUAGUGUUGGUUUCGCUGGUAUGUUGGGUGUACUCACUGGUAUAAGUGAGCAUGGUAUUUUCGUUGCAGAGUCUGGUAGUGAUAGUAAACUGGUUACAUUUGAUGGAUUCGCUUGGACUGUUAGAUUGAGAUACAUCAUGGAGAACGCUGCAAACAUUGAAGAAGCUCUCAAUUUAUGGGCUGCCACAAACAACACAUUCGGUAUGAAUCAUAUGAUAUCAUCUGCUUUUGAAGUUGAUAGUGUAGAGCAUCCAGCAUUUGCAUUGGAGACAAUGAAAGGUUACACUGCAUACUUCCCAGAUAACGAUCCAGCUGAACAAUUCUACUAUGAAAACACCGAUAUUCAAAUGGGAUACCCAAUUAAACAGGCAGUCUAUAGAACUAAUCAUGGUUAUGACCCAUAUAUUCGUAAGGAGCAAGCAUAUGCACCAAAACCUACUGACGAUACUAUGGUAAGAUACUUCCUAUUCCACGAUAAUUUCGAGUAUUACCAACAAACAAAAACGAAUGCUAUCGAUGAUUUGGAAGCAGUAAAUAUUACUUCUAUCUUGGGAACCAAAAAUACUACUGAUUUCUACAGUUGUGAACGAGCAUGGAAUGGUGGAAAUGUAGUAUCAGCCACAUUUCAUGCACAAACCUCAACAAUGUAUAUUGCCUAUGAAGAAGGAUUUGGCAGACAGAGAAUAUGUGCAUGUUGUAAUGUUUAUGUAAAGAUAGAUUUAGCACUAUUUUUGUCAAAACAAUACUGGCUCUUGCUUGUAACAAUAAAUCGAAAAAAAUAA